GGUGCAGGUAACACAGUAUCACUCGGAAGGGCGUUGAGUUUCAACCUUUCAGUUUAUUUUCUUGACUUAAGUUUGUGAGGGCCUAGCAAAAACACAGCUCCCUAAAAGUUCUAGUAACAUAACAUAAAAAAGCAGGUAUUUUUAGAAAAGUGGAAUAUUUUGGAAGACUUAUCAUUUCAGAGUGGAUAUGUUGACCUUCGUCUUUGUGUGCCUCUCUCUUUCAGUCACAGGCCUACAUGCCGCUUUUACGGUUACCGUUGCUAAUCCCUCAGUGAAAGUGAAAGAGAAUGAGGGAGUUGACUUGAAAUGUUCCUACACCGCUGACUUUGGAGCAACACCUAGAGUAGAAUGGAAGUUCAAGGAUCUCAAGGGCUCUCAGUCAUUCAUUUACUUUGAUAACAAGCCAACUGCUCAGUAUGAAAACCGUAUCACUGUGUAUAAUGGAGGGCUGAGAUUUGAAAAGGUGACGCGAGCAGACACUGGAGACUAUGACUGUGAAGUGUCUGGAAAUGGUGGAUAUGACGAGAAGACAAUCAAACUCACUGUCCUUGUGCCUCCUUCCAAGCCCGUAUCCAGAAUUCCUUCUUCAGUCACAACAGGCAGUAACGUCCUUCUGACCUGCUUCGACAAUGUUGGAUCUCCCCCACCCACCUAUAAGUGGUACAAAGACAACACUCCCCUCCCUGAUGAUCCCAGCAAGUUCCCCACAUUUAAAAACCUCACCUACAAGAUGAAUGUUUUCAAUGGAAACCUGGAGUUCCCGAGUGUGUCUAAGCUGGAUAUCGGUUCAUAUUUCUGUGAGGCCAAUAAUGGAGAAGGUGCCCCUCAGCGUAGUGAUGCAGUGCAGAUGGAUGUCCGUGAUCUAAAUGUUGGUGGCAUUGUUGCGGGAGUUAUUGUGGCUUUGCUGGCAGUAGGGUUGAUCCUCUUUGCUCUCUGGUUUGCCACUAAAAAGGGAUAUAUGCCAAAAAUGAAAGAAAGCAAGCCGAAAACACAAGCUGUUUAUACACAGCCUAGAGCAGAUGAAGGGGAUGAUGGGGAUGGGGAAUUCAGACAGAAAUCAUCUUUUGUGGUGUAGCCUGCUUUGGAUGAAAUGUCAAGAUUUGUUGCCUAGAUCAAUAUUUUUUUUUUUUUUUUUUUUUUUUUUUUUUUUUUUUCUUAUUUAAGUUCAUACAAAUCAGGAUCAGUUUGUAUGUGAAGAGUGUGACAUCAAAUGUGCCUCCCUGCCCUGCCCACCACACUAGUUGACCACAGAAAUGUCCAAAAAAGCUUUAAACCAGCCAUCAUAAAUAUGUGUGUGGUAGCUUAAACUUGUAGAUUUAGUUUUAGGAAUCUAAAUCCUGUCUCAUUUGCAGAAAAAUAAUUGAAAUGUAAUUCAUUGAACUACAAGUAAUCUGUCAGUGGAAAACGGACUUAAAGGGUUUAUUAUAAAUCCUUUAUUAAUAUAAUUUGUUCAAAUUAUAUUAAUUUAUUUAGUUAUUUAUGGAUUGAGGUUAAUUCUAGGCUAAUUCUAUAUGACUCUGCACUAUGGGAUGAAAGCUUCUGGGGGAAAAGAAGGUACUAUGAAUGUUCCCCAUUCAGGAAAUAAUCCCCCUUCCCAUUGAUAGAAACAUUGCUGUACAUUGUAAAAGUUGUUUGUUUACUUCAGUGACAUUUUUUAUGAUAGUGUACUUUGUUUGUUUUUAUGUGUUUUAUACUUCCUUCAUUAAAAUGUAAAUAGUUCUUUCUGGCUUUUAUAGAAUUUAAAAAUCAUGCUUUAUUGACCUCUCUCUGAAUUGUUAAACUGGAAACAAAUUACAAAACAGUUUUUCUUGUUUGAUUGAAGUUUUUAAUGUCGGACUUGAGCCUAUUCUUCCAAUAAAUUAAACUUGCUGAGUA